CCAUAAACACAACUCUUUUAUGUGGCUUCUGCUUUAUACAUCUUUCAAUAAACUCCAUUUUUUUCAAACUCAGAAAUCCAAGUUUUUUCAAGAUCACAAAUGGCUGCUGUCAUGACUUCUCUUCCUCAAUUCACUGGUUUAAAGGCCACUUCAUCAUCACUUUCCCCGGUUCAAAGCAUGGUAUCAUUGCAACCAAUGAAACCCAAGGGAAAGGGAAAGGGAGCUUUAGGUGUUCGUUGCGAUUUCAUCGGUUCAUCUACAAAUCUGAUAAUGGUGACAUCAACCACCUUGAUGUUGUUUGCUGGCCGAUUCGGAUUGGCACCGUCAGCAAACAGGAAGGCGACCGCAGGGCUAAAGCUCGAGGUGAGGGAUUCAGGGCUUCAAACCGGCGACCCUGCUGGCUUCACACUUGCUGACACGUUGGCGUGCGGAACUGUUGGUCACAUUAUUGGUGUUGGUGUUGUUUUAGGCCUCAAGAACAUUGGUGCCAUCUAAACUUGUUUGAAAACAUAUUAUCAUGUUAAUAACAUUUGCGCAAUCAUCUUCGUUUUGAGUUAACGUUUAUUCGUUUUGGAGUUUAAAUUAUGUAUGUAAAGGUGGAUUAAGACA